GACGUCGCUAGUAGUUCCUAAAUCUGCCACGGUGUCUAACGCAUGACUAUCCACCAUUUUAGUUUCUCUUUCUUUAAGCUCGUAGGUUUUCCGGAUUAUUAGAGAACAUGAGCCGUGUUCGUACGAAGACCGUCAAAAAGGCGGCAAAGAUGAUUAUUGAAAAAUAUCAUCAUCGCCUAACCUUGGAUUUCCACACGAAUAAGAGGAUAUGCGAAGAAAUUGCUAUCAUUCCUAGCAAAUCUCUACGAAACAAAAUUGCUGGAUUUGUCACUCACUUGAUGAAGCGAUUGAAACACAGCCAGGUCCGUGGUAUUUCUAUCAAACUCCAAGAAGAAGAAAGGGAACGCAGAGACAACUAUGUUCCAGAAGUUUCUGCUUUGGAACACGACAUCAUCGAAGUCGAUCCUGAAACCAAGGAAAUGUUGAAGAUGUUGGAAUUCAAUAACAUUACCGGAUUGCAACUGACUCAACCCGUUACACAAUUUAGUAGACGUUCUUAAAAUUUUUCUUUUUACUUUAAAUAAAAUUUGUUGGUUUUGCACUUUUGAAUAAAAUUGCAUACUGACAAUCUAAAUACGUUCCUUUUUUUAUACUAUGUAAUGUUUUGUAAAUGAAUUGUGUUCAGGAUUCGGAGUUAGUCUAAAUUGUAUACAAAUCGAACAAUUUUCAAAUGAAUUCAUUUGGA